AUGCUGCAGGAACUGUCGAGCAUGGACCGCAUAACUCAAUUGCAAGAUGAGAUCCAGAAUCUCCUCACCAUCAUGUCCAAUACGAUCGCGUACCUCACCUCUCGAUCCAAUUUUCUUCAGGUCAGCCAGGACAUUCCGGUCACCAAGCAGCGGAAUCCGGACAAGGUCGACGCUCCCGACGUUUUCGAAGCAAACAAAAAGGAGCUCGUCGGAGACUUGAUGGUGAAAGCGAAGCAGGUCGAGUACCUGAUACAGUCCCUCCCAGUGCCAGAGCCUGAGGAAGAGCAGGCUGCAAGGCUUCAGGCGCUCGAGGAUGACAUGACCCGCGCGAAUGAGGAGUAUAUUGCGGCUGUCGAUCGUGCUAAGGCACUGCACGGUCAGAUCAAUGAGGUGCUGCAAGGCAUCCUCGAUGACGACGAGUUUGCGACUGAAGCGCCGGGAUGA